AUGCGACUUCAACUAAUCCUUGGACGCGGAGUCCAAUUUCAUAGGCCAAUCGCUGUUCGACCACUCUCCGCCUUCCGCUCUCCCCAGAUCAUCAUUCGAGCUGCUUCCACGGCGCCUGCUCGAAAGCUUGACCUUCUCGCGAUAGACAGAAAGUGGAAAACAAAAUGGCAGACGCGUGCAGGCCCCAAAUUCUCGGAUGCACCCCCCACAGCCCGGGAAAAGGCCUAUGUGCUCCCCAUGUUCCCGUAUCCAUCGGGUACGUUACAUAUGGGCCACGUCCGUGUGUAUACCAUUUCCGAUGUUUUGGCGCGAUUCAAGCGGAUGAAGGGAUAUGAUGUACUACACCCAAUGGGCUGGGAUGCGUUUGGUCUGCCUGCUGAGAAUGCGGCAAUAGAAAGAGGCAUAAAUCCGGCGGACUGGACGGAGGAGAAUAUUGCAAAAAUGAAGGAGCAAUUGAAGGCCUUGGGCACCGAAUUCGAUUGGGAUAGGCGACUUUUCUUGAUGCUGCACGAAAAGGGUCUUGCCUAUCAAGCAAAAGCGAUGGUCAAUUACGACCCCGUCGACAAGACUGUGUUGGCGAACGAACAGGUCGAUGCAAACGGAUGUUCGUGGCGGUCCGGAGCCAAAGUCGAGAAACGCGAAUUGAAGCAAUGGUUCUUCCGCAUAACCGCGUUUAAAGAAGCGUUACUCAAAGAUCUUGACUCGUUGGCAGAUGGAUGGCCAGAGCGGAUUCUUUCCAUGCAACGUCAUUGGCUUGGAAAAUCAGUCGGUGCUCGCCUGACAUUUAAGAUAAUCACUCCGGACGAGAACCUCCAUGUCCAAGUGUUCACAACUCGCGCUGAUACCCUACCUGGAGUCCACUACAUUGCUUUAUCUAUAGACCAUCCAUUGGUAACAAAACUAGCAAAAGCGGACGCGGAACUCAAGGCAUUCGUGGGCUCUGCGAGUUCAUUUCCUCCUGAUUCAAAAGAUGGGUACCGUUUAUCCACUGUGGAGGCGGUGAAUCCACUGUGUGCGAUUGAAUCUCAUCCCGGAAUUCCAGCACAUCUCCCUGUAUUCGUCGCUCCAUAUGUCCUAGGGGAUUAUGGAGAGGGAGCUGUCAUGGGUGUCCCUGGACAUGAUUCUCGAGACUUCGCUUUUUGGGCUAAGAAUAUGCCAUCUGCUCCCAUUGUUUCAGUGAUUGAACCGGAGCGCAAAAGCGGUGCUCUGGAAGAACAAAGUCAUUUGAAUUCAGAACCAUUCGUGGGGGAAGGAUAUCUCAACAGCUUGUGUGGCAAAUUUGCUGGAUUAUCAUCGAAGGAAGCGAGAGAAGCUAUCGUCUCGAGUUUGCGGGAUCGCAAUGGUUCCGCAGAUUUUACUGAAAGUUGGAGACUGCGAGACUGGCUCAUCAGCCGCCAACGCUACUGGGGCGCGCCCAUUCCUAUUAUUCACUGCGAUGAUUGUGGUGCUGUCCCCGUUCCUGUGGAUCAACUCCCUGUUGAGCUGCCCGUCAUUGACCGGGGGAUGAAAAAUAAAGCCGGCAAUCCUCUCGAAUCAGCUGAGAAUUGGUUGAAUACGGUUUGUCCAAGUUGCCAAAAGCCAGCCAAGAGGGACACUGACACGAUGGACACUUUUGUCGAUUCAUCAUGGUACUUCCUACGGUUCUUGGAUCCAUCUAAUAAAACGAUACCGUUUUCUCCCUCGCUAGCACGGCCAGUCGAUAUCUAUAUUGGCGGUAUCGAACACGCUAUCUUGCAUCUUCUCUAUUCUAGAUUCAUAUACAAAUUCCUCGCUACUUCCGGAAUGGUGCCAGAUUCCCUUCAGGGUAAAUCUGACGGCGCAGAGCCAUUUCUUACACUCCUCUCACAGGGCAUGGUGCACGGUAAAACGUUUAGUGACCCAGCCACUGGCCGGUUUCUUCGUCCGUCGGAAGUCGACUUGUCUGAUGCCGGUUCACCAGUCCUCACGGGAACUAAAAUCGCACCAAAUGUCUCCUUUGAAAAAAUGUCGAAAAGUAAAUAUAACGGCGUUGAUCCAAGCCUGUGCAUUGAGAAAUACGGAGCUGAUGCAACGAGAGCGCAUAUCCUCUUCGCUGCGCCCGUCAGCGAGGUCCUUGAAUGGGACGAGGCCAAAAUCGUGGGCGUUCAGCGAUGGUUCAGUCGGCUAUGGAAGGUCACUUGUGACUUACAAACUUUUCUCGCAUCCGAACCCGGUUUGAACCUAGCAGAUGCGAACGGCCUCGCUCUACCACCAUUAGAUCGGUUAUCAGACAAAGAAGCCGAACUCCUCCUUCUCGCCCACUCCACCAUAUCCUCAGUCACCACGUGCCUGGAAAAGAAUCCAUAUGCCCUAAACACAGCGAUAUCCGAUCUAACAAAGCUUACAAACGCAAUCUCCACAUCCCCACUCUGCCCGACCGCGUCAUCCUCAGCCUCAAGGACCGUCUCCUAUAUCAUCGUCUCCUCGCUCCUACGCCUUUUGGCGCCCAUCGCACCGGCAUUCUCCUCCGAAUGCUGGGAAGUACUACACGCCUCCGUUUGGACCAACCAUGAAGCCGAAUUCUCACCAUCCGUACUCUCCUCCCCUUGGCCCAAACCGCUCCUCUCAGAUGCACAGGUCGACGCACUUCAAAAGCGUGGCGCGCAGACGAUAGCCGUACAAGUCAACGGCAAAACCCGAUUCACGGCUACGAUCUCCCGCUUCUCGCCUGGAUCUGCGGAGUUGUCACCACUAUCGCAACGGGAAGGGGAGGGAAGACGGAAAGAUGCCAUGAGUGAAGAAGAACAGUCGUGGAUCUUAUCUCGGAUCUUGGAGACGGAUAAAGGGAAGCUCUGGCUGACGGAAAGGAAUGAGUGGGAGAAAAGAAAGCGAGUAGUGGUAGUCGGUGGUGGGAAAGUCGUGAAUGUUGUUUUUUAG